AUGUGGACCUACAUGAUGGCAGCGGCCCGAGGUGACCGGGCAAUGUCAUCGAUAUCGUCACGUCAUCAGAGCAAUCGGAAUGAGUUUGAUUCGCCAAGCAUCUACCACUUCAACCGAGUGCAACGACCACUGUACAACACGACGCACCGGGCACCCCAGCUCUCCAAUGGCCCCGUCAGCAUCAGCACGACCCCGUUCGGGAGCAACACGAUCUACCAGAGCUACAUGCCGCAGACCGCCUCGCUGGACAGCUUCAACAGUGUGGCCACGAAUCCGCCCAGCUUCUCGACCACCGGCGGCACCCCUCCGCCACCGGGCGGAGGCCUUGGCAGGGGCGGUGCGCCCACCGGAAGCGGCACGACCGGAGGUGGCGCCACAGCACCAUCAGGAGCGGCUAGCACCACGCUGCCGUUCACGACGCGCAACCGGCUCGAGGUAGCCACCGAUCGUCCGGCCACCCCGAAGAACAACCAUCUGAGCCAAGCUGUGAUAGAGAGCGAGCGGAGCGACUUUCAGGAACCGAGCGCCGGACGGCGAGGAAAGCUGUCGUCCUUGCGCCGUUCGCUGAACGCGCUCCGCUGUAGGAUAUCGAAACGGGGCCGCUCGAAGCCGCCCGACCAGUUCCUGGACAAGUUCUCCGCCGCGUCCGCCACCUCCGACACCCGCUUGCAUCAGGCCGGCUGCGUCGCCCCGCAGGCCGUCCCGUCCGACGGUGUCUGCAGCCGCCUGUCGGUCGAUCCGUCCCUUCCGUCGCACUACCGGUGGCUGUCCGUCGUGUCGUUGGCUGUACUGUACAAUAUCGUAUUUGUGAUAGGGCGAGCGGUCUUCUGGGAGCUGAACAAGCAAGCCACGGUGCUCUGGUGGGUCCUGGACUAUCUCUGUGACUUCAUCUACUUGGCCGACACGCUGGUGCACUGUCACGAGGGUUACCUGGAGCAGGGAUUGCUGGUGCGGGAUGCGUCGAAGCUGCGGAAGCACUACUUCUCCCGCCAGCGCUGGUGGAUCGACGUGGCCUCGAUGCUGCCGACCGACCUCGCCUACAUCUGGUGGGCGCCGAGUUCCUGUGCCGCCACCCGGCUACCGUGUCCAAUUAUAGUUAGAAUUAAUAGGUUACUGCGUCUUCCAAGAAUGUGGGAAUGGUUCGAUCGGACGGAAACGGCCACCGGCUACCCGAACGCCUUUAGGAUAUGUAAAGUUGUUUUAGCUAUUUUAGUACUCAUCCACUGGAACGCGUGUCUGUACUUUGCGAUCAGCUACGCGCUCGGUUUCAGCACCGACAACUGGGUGUACAACAUAAACGGGCCCAAAAAUCUGACCCUCUCGCGCCAGUACAUCUACAGCUUCUACUGGUCCACGCUGACGCUGACCACGAUCGGUGAAACGCCCACCCCGGAGAACGACGCCGAGUAUCUGUUCGUCGUGGCCGACUUCCUGGCCGGGGUGCUCAUCUUCGCCACCAUCGUCGGAAACAUCGGCUCGAUGAUAUCGAACAUGAACGUGACGCGCGUCGAGUUCCAGAAUCGCAUGGACGGCGUCAAGCAAUAUAUGGCCUUUCGGAAGGUUGGCGGUGAGCUGGAGGCACGGGUUAUUCGGUGGUUUGCCUACACCUGGGCCCAGAGCGGUGCGCUGGAUGAGGAGCGUGUCCUGGCGGCGCUACCGGACAAGCUGAAAGCCGAGAUUGCGAUCCGGGUGCACAUGGACACGUUGCGGCAGGUCCGCAUCUUCCAGGACUGCGAGCCCGGGCUGCUCGAAGCGCUCGUGCUGAAGCUCAAACUCCAGGUGUUCAGUCCCGGCGACUACAUCUGCCGGAAGGGCGACGUCGGGAAGGAGAUGUACAUCGUGAAGCGGGGCAGCCUGUCGGUGGUGGCGGACGACGGUAUCACGGUGCUGGCCACCCUCGGCGCCGGCUCCGUGUUCGGCGAGGUUUCGGUCCUGGAAAUCGCCGGCAAUCGCACCGGCAACCGACGGACGGCGAACGUUCGAUCGAUCGGCUACUCCGACCUGUUCUGUCUGGCCAAACGUGACCUCUGGGAGACGCUGGCCGACUAUCCGGAGGCGAGGGCGUCACUGACCGAGCGCGGGUGUCAAUUACUGCGAAAAGAUGGUCUGCUGGACGAGGCGGUAUUUGCCAAUGCCCAGCAGACGCAGGAUUCGCUCGAGAGUGGCGUCGCCCAGUUGGAGCAGACGGUGGAGAAUUUGAACCUCCGGCUGGCCCGCCUGCUGGCCGAGUACUCCGCCAGCCAGUCGAAGCUGAAACAGCGCAUCUCCAAGCUCGAGGACAGAGUGCAAAAGUCACCGACGAGUCGAACCCAUCAACAGCAGCAACAGCAGCAACUGCAGCAACUCCAGCAACCCUCGGGUUCAUCAGCGAUGACGGCGUCCGGAAGGCUUCGAUCGCAUCGACGCAAAUCGCACUCGGCAGCGACGACGACAACGUUGCAAUCGUUUAAGCUCUACUAUAACCAAAACCCAAUCUAA